AUGGCAUCAGGACUGAGGUCCCCCCUUGGGUCAGACGAGCACGUGCCCAGCCUGACCAGUCACUGCGCCUGGGGCUCAGACGACCCCACACAGGCUGACAGGCUAAUCACGGCAAGUCCAGAGGGUGAGAGCUGCUUUGGAGAAUCCCCACGGAAGAGGUUCCAGACCACGGUCUUCAUCGAGCUGACUUCCUGGGCACCACGGGAGCCCGUAGCCCCUCUGCUGGCCUUGGGGGCCUGUGUGCAGAAAGCUAGAGCCCGCCUGUGCAGAGCUGGGGGGCAGUCCUCAUGCGCUCAGGACUGUGCCUCCCACCUAGCCACAGGGGCAGAGCUGACCCACGGGGGUGGCAAAGUCCACACCAGAGGAACCCGGGGCCUGCAUGCCAUGGUGAAGCCCCCAGAUAAACCCACCCUGGAGCCAGCACCAAAGACCCCAGACUACACUGGUUCGGGGAGUGGGAUCUGGACAUCUGUAGAUGAUGCUGGCUCCAAAACACGCCUUACCUGUGCCUUGAACCACAGCACCACUGAGAUCGUCGGCCACCGCUGGGUGAAGGCGGGCAAGGUGCUGAAGGAAGACGCGCUGCCCGACCUGAAGACAGAGUAUGAGGUGGACCUGGAUGACCGCUCUGGUGAGUACUGGUGCGUCUUCCUCCCAGAGCAAGCAGGCAAGACCAGCAUCGAGGUGAAGGGGCUCCCCAACAUCAAGGCCGUGAAGAAGUCCGAGCACGCCACCGAGAGGGAGUCGGUCGUGCUAGGCUGCAAGUCUGACUCCUUCCCCCCGGUCAGCGACUGGGUGUGGUACAAGAUGGAAAGCUCUGGUGACCAGGUCAUCAGCAACAGCUCCCAGAACAAAUUCUUCGUGGUGUCCUCGGAGACGAAGACGGAGCUGCACAUCUUGAGCCUGGACCUGGAGACGGACCCCGGCAGGUACGCCUGCAACGGCACCAACUCGGAGGGCACCAGCCAGGCUGUUGUCACGCUGCGCGUGCGAAACCGCUUUGCCGCCCUCUGGCCGUUCCUGGGCAUCGUGGCCGAGGUGCUGGUGCUGGUCACUGUGAUCUUCAUCUAUGAGAAGCGACGGAAGCCGGACGAGGUCCUGGACGAUGAGGACACCGGCUCCGCUCCUCUGAAGAGCAGCGGGCACAUCAACGACAAAGGCAAGAACGUUCGCCAGAGGAACGCCAACUGA